AUGCGAAUAGUAAAAAAUCAAUCUGUUAUAGCAAUGGCUUGUUGUAGAAAUGUUCAUCGAUUUUUACCAGUAUUUCGACGUAAUGUUGAACGAAUUGUUUCGGUAUUCAAAGAUUAUAAGAUUUUACUUGGAGAGUCCGAUUCUAGCGAUCGAACACUCUCUUAUCUUUACAAUUGGUCAUUAUCAAAUAAAAAUGUUAUUGUACAAUCAUACGCUCAAAUGGGAUUUUUUUCUAAACGAGCACAACGUAUUGCUCAUUGUCGAAAUAGUUUGAUAACGUUAGCAAAAAAUAAGUCUUAUUUUUAUAAAGCAAGCUAUUAUCUUGUCAUGGACGUUGAUGUAACAUCGAACGAUGUUCUCAGUUUAGAAAAUUUUUUAUCAAAUUUCGAAUAUCCUAUGCAACAAUGGGCAGCAAUGACCGCUACACAAGUAUCAGAAUAUUACGACAUUUGGGCCUUACGAACGACCCUUUAUCCAUACGAUUGUUGGGAAAUGGUGAAAAAAAAUACGCCAUUCUUAUUCGAUCUUAAGCCUCUUACUAAAAAAUUUAUUUCCAUUCAUCAAAAACCAAUACCACGUGAACAUCCGUUAAUUGAAGUAGAUUCAUCGUUUGGAGGUUUCGGUUUAUAUUCAACAAAAUAUUUACAUAGCUGUAAAUACUCUGGUUAUGAAGGGUAUGAACUAUGUGAACAUGUUUCAUUCAAUAAAUGCGUUAAAAAGAAUAGUGGAAGAAUAUUUAUUAAUCCACGAUUUCAGAUCGCUUAG